AUGUCUCCUCUAGAGUCACUCCCACCCGAGAUCUGGUGCAAAAUCAUGGACAACAUAUUCACAUUCGAUCGCAAUGAGAUCUGUGGAACAGACGGAGAUGUCAUCACACCCCUCAACAACAUCGGAGGUCUAAAUUUCGCAUCCAUGACAACCCAGUACCGUGUACGAGGUUACAUUUCUCGGAAAUUCGGCGACAGAAAGCUCAACAUCCUCCGCUCAGUUGCCAGAGACCCAACCGCCCCCAGCCGAUUAGCAUUUGCUGUCGUCAUUGGGUGCGUCCUUACGAACAAGCCACUAAACCGGUGGACCCUUGUUCUUCCCACCGAAUACGCAAUUGAGCUUGCCAAUAUCCUGGCGGAUGCGUUUAUCGGCUGGGAGUUGGAAUGCAUUCAAUGGGUCGAAAAAGGAAGUGUGAACCAUCAAUUCCGCGACUCUAAGUCCCUCAUUACGGGGGCAGAGAGAAUCAUUGCGGCUAAAUGUCGCACUGUUGCUUAUUAUGUACCCAAGACGUGGUACUCGUCGAUUGCCUGGAAUGAGCUUGAAGCGGAGUUGAAGGCGUGGGAGUUGUAUUGGAUGAUUGAUAUGCUAUCUCGGAGUGGAAAGGGGCCCAGGUUGUUUCUGCGAAUGUCCAGCGUGAAAAGAGAGGGUCGUCUGUAA